AUGGAUAAUGAGCAACAGUCAGUAAGUAGUGAUACCGAGUUGGAAAGUGGGACACAAAGUGAUGUUAGUGACGUAGUUCAGGAAGUACAAUGUGAGAAUCUGGGGGCAGAAGGACAAGAAAUGUUGCCAUUGCCACCCAGUGAUUCAGUUGAUAGCGGAAAUACUGUGCCAUCCGCAAGCACUGGACACGGACCAGAGAGUGGUGAGGUGUCAGAAGUGCAAUUAUUAAGAGUUAUGUUCGAGCGCAUGCUCAAUUUCCAAGCUGAAUUUGUACGUGUGCAAGCAGAGCGUGAUAGAGAACGUGAUGCUAAACAAGCAGAACGCGAUAGAGAACGUGAUGCUAAACAAGCAGAACGCGAUAGAGAACGUGAUGCUGAACAAGCAGAGCGUGACCAGAGAUUGGUAGCUGAAUUUGCCAAACAAGCAGAGCGCGAUAGAGAACGUGAUGCUAAACAAGCAGAGCGUGACCGACGCCUGCAUGAGAGGGACUUGCAGUUGAUGCAAACUUUAGAAGUUAUGCAAAGUGAGAUUGUUAGUUUGAAACAAAAAUAUGAAACCAUACCCAAAACGGUGCAAGAAUUAAGCGAAAGAGUAGAUAGUGUUCAAGUGGCUAACGCCAAUAUAGUAGAGGAAAUCAGUGUCCUGACUAAUAGGGUCGAACAACUAGAAAUUGACACAACUCAAGUAAUUGAGAACAAAGUGAUCGAACAAGUGCACAAAGUAGAAAAUGAAGUCAUAAAAGAAAUAGAUCAGAAAGUGCACGCCGCAAUUGAGGCCAGAGAUGUGGGCUCAAGUGCGGAUGUGCAAGAUCUAAAAAGGAUAGUGCACAAAGACAUUCCACUGUGGCAGCGGAGUGUGGACCGUCGUCUUGCCGAGAUGGAGCUUAGCUUGCGGCAUGACGAGGCACGGGCCCAAGCGCCUACAGUUCCCGGCUACCUGCACAACACAUUAGUCAGGCGGGUCCCGGACCGGCUAGGGGCCAGCCUGUCGGCCGUCAAGCAGAAACCAAGUCAAGCUAAUAGCUGCCAGGAGGCUUUAGAUAGCCCGCUAGAGAUCGCCACAUGA